AACAAAAAGAAAAAUCGGUAUUAGGUUGUCCACGUUGUUAUCGAUUUUCUUCAAUCCUCUUCUUGAAGGAGUCUUUAUGAAUUCGAAGGUAGUGUUUCCGUUUCUUGAUUCCUUGUGAUCCCUCUUAAGUACAACAGAGUAAUUGUUCCAUUGUGAUUUUCUUGUGGAGGAUUUGCCCUGCAACUAAACAGGAGCUGAGAUGUGAAGUAGCCCUGAGUUAGACUCGAAGAGAUACAAACUGGACUUACUCUUUGUUGAUCUGAAAGUUGUCAAUGGGCGGUGUAAAUAGUUCAAGGGCUGUAGCUAGUGAGCUUUUUGAAGUAUCACAAAGUAAAACUUGCAAGAGACAGAGGUUGUCAUCGAUUUCUUGUGAGGAAAGUCCAAGAUUGAUUCCCAGCCUUCCUGAUGAAAUAUCAAUUCAGAUCCUUGCCAGACUUCCUAAGAUUUGUUACUUGAAAAUGAGGUUAGUGUCUCGUGCUUGGAAAGCAGCCAUUGUAAGUGCUGAACUGUUCAAUGUGAGAAAAGAACUUGGAACAACUGAGGCGUGGCUCUAUAUAUUAAUGAAAGUUGAAGAUGAAAAAUUUUUAUGGUAUGCCUUGGAUCCAUUGUCCCGAAGGUGGCAAAGGUUGCCGACAAUGCCUGGUGUUUCAUUUGAAGAUGAGCCCAAGAAGGGUUUGGCUGCGCUUCGAAUGUGGAAUGUAGUGGGUUCGAGUAUCAAAAUUGCAGACACGGUAAUGAGUUGGCUUAGAAAGAAGGGGACACUGGACCGAUUACCCUUUCAUGGCAGUGCUGUUGGAGCUAUUGAUGGUUGCCUCUAUGUGUUAGGGGGACUCUCUAAAGCUUCAGCCAUGAGAUGUGUGUGGCGGUAUAAUCCAAUACUGAAUGCUUGGAGUGAGAUGAGUCCAAUGUCCAUUGGUAGAGCCUUUUCUAAGACAGGAAUCUUAAACAACAAGCUUUAUGUUGUUGGAGGAGUUGCUAAAGGCCGUGGUGGACUUACCUCUCUCCAAUCUGCUGAAGUGUUUGAUCCUUAUACUGGUAUGUGGUCUGAAAUUCCAAGCAUGCCUUUUUCCAAGGCUCAGGUGCUCCCUACUGCUUUUCUGGCGGAUUUGCUCAAGCCAAUUGCAACUGGGAUGGCAUCAUAUAGAGGAAGGUUAUUUGUGGCUCAGAGCUUAUAUUGCUGGCCUUUUUUUGUUGAUGUUGGAGGAGAGAUAUACGAUCCAGAGUUGAAUGCAUGGAAUGAAAUGCCAACUGGCAUGGGAGAGGGUUGGCCAGUAAAGCAGGCAGGAACAAAACCGAGUGUCACAGUUGAAGAUGAGCUUUAUGCACUUGAACCUUCUAGUUCUCUUGAUAGUGCUAGAAUCAAGGUAUAUGAUUACAGAAAUGAUGCCUGGAAAGUUUUGCUUGGUGAUAUUCCUAUUUGUGACACUAGUAAUUCACAAUCUUCCUAUUUACUUGCUGGUUUACUUGGAAAGCUCCAUGUAAUCACUAAAGAUGCCAACAACAUCAUAAGAGUUCUGCAGGUAGAUGUAAGGAAUCAUUUAGCUUCCUCAUCAUCAUCUUCAGCCCUUCCUUUUGAUAACUCCUGCAGCGAGGAGGCUGAGUCUGCAGCAAAACCAGAAACAUGUCUUUGGAGGGUCAUUGCCACUAAAAAUGCUAGCUCUGCUGAUCUGGUUAGUUGUCAGACCCUUGAUCAUUAGUUAUAUCUGUAUGUCUUACCCUUUCUGUAGUUCAGUGUGGUGAUGAAUGUUUUGUAUACAUUAUUCUUACCAUUAUAAAGAGAGAAUGCUUGAAAGGGAAAAAAAAUUUAUCAUAGUAUUGGAAAUCUAUGACAUGAUCCAUGAUAUAUAGGCACUUGUAAACAAUUUAUGUAUUCAAUUAUUGAGUGAAUCAAUUUUUAUUGUUGCCUA